CGGCUUACUCGCGUUGGCACGACCCGUCUGGCCUAGUGGGUAGCGACCCUGCCUAUGAAGCCGAUGGUCCCGGGUUCAAAUCCUGGUAAGGGCAUUUAUUCGUGUGAUGAGCAUGGAUAUUUGUUCUUGAUUCAUGGAUGUUUUCUGUUUUUAAGUAUUUAUAAAUAUGUAUAUAUUAUAUAUAUCGUUGUCUAAGUACCCGCCACACAAGCCUUAUUGAGCCUACCGUGGGACUUCAAUUUGUGUAAUAAUGUCCUAUAAUAUUUAUUAUUUUAUUAUUAUUAAUGCUCAAGCCGCUUGGACCGCAUGCUUCGUUCUUCAUACCAAGGUUACAUGCGUCACGUGCAAGAGCCACUAAUUUAACCUAUAAUCCUUUGGUGGUAUUGUUGCUGAACCUCAUAAUCGAUCGAUAGUUGCCAUAGAUACGCAAUUGACAUUACCUCGCUUCUUUGAGUUGUGUUUAUUUACAAAUCGUUAACAUAAAAACUGACUAUGAAUUAAGCUGCUUACUGAUGGGGUUUGAAUUGGUAAAAUAUAAAAAUGCCCUUGUUGCCAGAACUUGACACAAGAUCGGUUUUACAUGUAGUUGAAGAGAACUUUCAGAGACUUGGCUUGAAAACCUAUGGUAUACGCAUGAUAUACAUUGGCGAACACAAGGCACCAAGAGAAGCCAUGAUAGAGGAAAUCGGCAAGACUAUUGAUGUAGUAAAUGGAGGUUACUGUGACAUUAAAGUAACCGGUUUGCUACUCGUGUAUGACAGUUAUUUCGUCCAUAUUGUCGAAGGAUCAGAAGACACAGUGCACCGUUUGCUAAGGUUCCUGUUUAAGACGGAGGUGGAUUGGAUUGAAGCCAUGGAACGGAAGGACGCGGAAGAAUUAGAAGCCCUCCGGCAGGCGGCGCGCGAGGCGGAGGCGGAAGGCGAGCCCUUCGUGUGGCCCGAGGAGCCCGAGGAAAAGCCGGACCGAUGCAUGUUCCGGAGGCUCAAGCUGCUAAUGGUUUAUCAUUCCAUACAAAGUUUCCUGUUCAAAGGUUGGAGUGGGAUAAUGGCGCGGCCACCAUCACUGGUGGGUGUGCUGGACAUCAACGCGCCGCUCGCGCAGCACAUGGAGCAGCUGAAGAUCUGCCUCGAUAAGAUCGCCAUGCUGUGCAGUCUCGCCACCGCUGAUGAUAACCUGUCGUUCCAAGGCAUGAGCGCGGCGGACCCGAAGAUUAACGCGUUGCCCGAAGUCGCACUGCUGAACCUUCUCAUACAGUCGAGGCACACUCUAGACCUGCGCGAUGUCAUACACUUGCACCGGCGCGUCGACGACCACGAAUUUUACUUUGAGAAAGUGUGGCCUCUUCCAAAUCACUUCACACCAAAACUGCUCUACAAGCUUAAGGUGGACGAUUCCUUCGUGGAGCCCCUGCCUGUCAUGCCCUGGGAACUGGUCAAGAAAGAGAAAACUGAAGAAGAAGAGGACCAGGAACGACAGAGCGGUAGCUCCGACAGUGAUUAAAAUGUGGCUGAUAAUUAUUUGUUAUGAUUUGAUUUUGUAUAACAAGACCCAGUGUAGGUAAAUGUUUGUUUGCUACACGCGGAUCUCGUGCAAGACAACGGUAACUGCGCCGUUUUACACUACAUUUCCUUUUUAGGAACCCUUAUAGUUUCGCCAUGUCCGUCUGUCUGUCUGUCUGUCUGUCUGUCUGUCUGUCUGUCUGUCCGAGGCUUUGCUCCGUGGUCGUUAGUGCUAGAAAGCUGAAAUUCGGCAUGGAUAAAUAAAAUAAUAAAGCCGACAAAGUCGUACGAUAAAAUCUAAAAAUUUAAUUUUUUUGAGGGUACCUCCCCUACACGUAAAGUGGGGGUGAAUUUUUUUUUUGCUUCAAACCUACGGUGUGGUAUCGUUGGAAAGGUCUUUGAAAACUAAUAGGGGUCUUCAACAAACAUUUUUUGAUAAAGUGAAUAUAUUCGGAGAUAAUCGUUCCGAAAGAAAAAGAAAAUGUGUCCCCCCCCCUCUAACUUUUGAACCAUAGGUCCAAAAAAUAUGAAAAAAAUCGUGGAAGUAGAGCUUAAGAAAGACAUUAAAUGAAAACUAUAGCGGACAUGGUCAGUUUAGCUGUUUUUGAGUUAUCGCAAAAAGUUUCCCCUUCAUAGUAAAAAGACUUACUUUAAUUAGGUACUGAUUAUGCAAAUUUGCCUAUUUGUUUAACUCGCGUGAAAGGUACCGUUUCAUCCCUUGGUUAACAAUUUACUAUACUUUAAGCUCCAGUUUAGCUUAUUAUGACGGAAGAGUAACUACGGAACCCUACACUGAGCGUGGCCCGACAUGCUCUUGGCCGGUUUUAUUUAUUUAAUUUUUUAAUGUACAUAUUAUUUCUACUCAAGAUCACGAGAUUUUUUGAUCUUAAUAGGAGAAAAAAGUGUACCAAGAUUUUGUUACUUUUCCGUUACCAUUUUUCAUAGACUUUGUAUGACGGUAACAGAAUGGAAGGAACGAAAAAUGUAUGGUAAUUUUGGGAUACUUUUUUCUCCUAGUAGGAUCGAAAGACCUCGUGGUUCUGAGUAGAAAUAACAUAAAGAUUACCAAAUGUAAAUAACGUCAAGUUCUUUUAAACGUUUUUUUGUAAUAUUUUGUAAAAGAUCUACCAACGAAUUAAGUGGCUGUACUUAGUUGAGUUUGGGUCAUAAGUUCUGCCAAAAAGGUUUUGACUGAUUAUGAAGCUAUAGGUUAAGACCCCUUAUUAUUCAUAUAUUUGGUUUGAAAGCUUAUUUAAUGCUGAAUUACUUACAUUAUAAUUAAACUUAAUUUGCUGUCUCAAUUUUGCACAAUUCUAUGUAUUCGUAAUAUUCAGAAAAAUGUUAUAAAAAAACAUGCAAAAAAUACGCGACCUCCUCGAGGUAAUUUUGAUCCCUAGUUAUUUAUUUUUCUUGUUUACAUGGUCGAGUCUUACAUAAAAUUAAAGCUGGAUCUUUUAUCUUUCUUAAAAUAUAUAAGUCAUGUGUAUUGGUAUUGCCAACCUGCAACUGUACGUUUUUUACCAAACCUACUCGUAGGAUGGCAGUCAAAAAUUUGCGUAUCACUGAAAAAUACCCUAAGUUUGAAGGGUAUUAGCUGAAGUACAGACUUGUCGGAAAACUAAUUGCAGGUGAUAAAAUAACGUUCUAAUAAAGUAGGUUCAUACAAAUAAACGAUUGUACCUAUUUUAUUAAUUUGACGCUGAUUGGUAAAAGUAUAAUUUUUCACUCAGCCGCGUAUUUGCGUCUAACGUCAAUCCCAAAGUAAAGAAGUAGUAUAUUAAGACGCAAAAUUUUAAACUAAUUAUAUUACGUUGAUCAGUAUAAAACAAGCUUUCAAUUCAUGGCCAACUUUUUUUAUUAUAAAAUUUGUAUUACAUUUUAUCAGUCAAAACCUUUGUGACAGAACUUAUGACCCAACUAAGUAGUUUAACAUAUUUUGUGCAUAUACCUCAUCUUUAUAAAAUAAAUGAUUUGACGAAUGAUGGA